AUGUGGUUUGAGUUAAGAUGUCAAAGAUGGGUAGAGAACUGUCGAAGGGCAGAUUUAGAAGAUAAAACUCCAGAUCAACUCAACAAGCAUUACAGAUUGUGCGCUAAACAUUUUGAGACUUCUAUGAUAUGUAGAAGUAGCCCUUACAGAACGGUCUUACGGGAUAAUGCUGUGCCAACUAUAUUUGACCUUACAAGUCACUUGAACAAUCCCCACAGCAGACAUAGGAAAAGGAUAAAAGAGCUGAGUGAAGAUGAAAUAAGAACACUGAAGCAGCAAAAGAUUGAUGAAGCUUUUGAACGGGAACAGGCAACUCAAGAAUUGAACGAAAGCAAUGAACAAAAUACUGUCUCGGAGGAAGGAGGGGAAGAACAAGAGGAAGAAGCUGUCCCCUUAACACUGGAAGAAAGAGAAAACAAAGAUUACCUUAAAUCUUUGUUUGAAAUUUUGAUCCUAAUGGGUAAACAAAAUAUUCCCUUGGAUGGCCAUAAUGUUGAUGAGCUUCCAGAAGGUAUUUUUACUUCAGAUAACUUUCAAGCUCUACUGGAAUAUAGAAUAAAUGCUGGAGAUGAAGUUCUGAGGAAGCGAUUUGAGAUGACUGCAGUCAAUCUUGAGUAUUGUUCAAAAACUCAGCAGAAGCAAAUGCUUGAGAUCUGUGAAAACUGUGUUAGAGAAGAGACACUGAGGGAAGUAAGAGACGCACACUUCUUUUCUGUUGUCACUGAUGAAGUAGUAGACAUAGCAGGAGAGGAACAUUUGCCAGUGUUAGUGAGAUUUGUUGAUGAUUCUCAUAAUCUGAGAGAAGAAUUCAUAGGGUUUUUACCAUAUGAGGCUGAUCCUGAAAUUUUAGCUGUUAAGUUCCACACGACUAUUACUGAAAAGUGGGGUCUAAACAUGGAGUACUGUCGAGGUCAAGCCUACAUCGUCUCCAGUGGGUUUGCUUCUAAAAUGAAGAUUGUGGCUACAAGACUCUUGGAAAAGUAUCCACAAGCUGUGUAUACACUGUGUUCCUCUUGUGCCUUAAAUGUUUGGCUGGCAAAAUCCGUUCCUGUUGUUGGUGUUUCCAAUGCAAUGGGAACAAUUGAAGAAGUUUGCUGUCUUUUUAAUCAGUCUCCUCAACUACUAGUAGAACUGGACAACACAAUUUCUGUUCUUUUUCAGAACAAUGAGGAGAAGGGUAAUGAGCUGAAGGAGAUCUGCCGUUCUCAGUGGACAGGCAGACAUGAUAUUUUCGAGGUUUUAGUGGACCUCAUGCAAGCGUUGGUACUGUGCUUGGAUGCGGUAAGCAGCGACUCGUCUAUUAGGUGGAACAACUUUAUUGCAGGUCGAGCAUUUGUACUUUCAAGUGCAUUAACAGAUUUUGACUUCAUUGUCACUAUUGUAAUUCUGAAAAACGUUCUGUCUUUUACAAGAGCAUUCGGAAAAAAUCUCCAAGGACAAACAUCAGAUGUAUUUUUUGCAGCUAGCAGCUUAACAGCAGUGUUGCAUUCUCUGAAUGAAGUGAUGGAGAAUAUUGAAGUUUACCAUGAAUUUUGGUUUGAGGAAGCAACAAAUUUGGCUGCAAAACUGGAUGUACAAAUUAAACUCCCAGGUAAAUUUCGCAGGGCACAACAGGGGAACUUGGACUCUGAGGUAACGUCAGAAAAUUACUACAAAGAAAUCCUUAGUGUCCCCACAGUGGAGCAUAUUAUUCAAGAAUUAAAAGAUAUGUUCUCAGAACAACAUUUAAAAGCUCUCAAGUGCUUAUCGUUAGUGCCCUCAGUCAUGGGGCAGCUCAAAUUCAAUACGUCCGAGGAGCAUCACGCUGACAUGUACAAAAAGGACUUGCCUAAUCCAGACACACUUUCUGCUGAGCUUCAUUGUUGGAGAAUCAAGUGGAAGCACAGAGGAAAAGAUAUUGAACUUCCAGCUACUAUUUAUGAAGCACUUCACUUGCCUGACAUAAAGUUUUUCCCUAACGUUUACGCAUUGCUUAAAGUCUUGUGCAUACUUCCAGUGAUGAAGGUGGAGAAUGAAAAAUAUGAAAUAGGACGAAAGCGCUUAAAGGCUUACCUGAAAAACACCUUGACAGAACAAAGGUCAAGCAACCUAGCUUUGCUGAACAUAAACUUUGAUAUAAAACAUGACUUAGAUUUAAUGGUGGACACCUACAUUAAACUCUAUCCAGAUAAAGUGGAAUUUCAAGAAGACUUUAUUCCCUCAAACAACUCUGAAGUAGCAGAAGAUGCUUAAUUUUUUAAGCUCUAACCAAUCUGUUGAAACAGCUUUUUCUUAGCGAAGUUUCAACACCGAGGAAAAAAACUGUGAAAUCUAAAAAAAUCACUGCAAUUGUAUUUCCAUUUUAGGUCUCAGACUGAAGAAGCUGUGUCAGUGACCCAAAUUAUGUUUUGUUAGUCUGCAUUAAAUGUGUUAUGCGAACAAAACCAAGCCUGAAAAUAAGCCCAUGCUCUUGGCAGAGGUGCUUUCUACCUUUGAUUGACUUCACUAGGUGCUCGUUUACUUUAUUGCAUCUUGGAAAAAGUGCAUUGUGAUUGUAGAUCUGAUGGGGCUGUUACAUAUUCACUCAUUAAUUAGGAUAAGAAGAAAACCUCAAUGUUAAAAAGAGUAUAAUCCAUUUCAGUUCUGUUACUUAAGAUUUUAUUCUUUUUGAAAACUUAAAAAAAAAGUCUUUGGUGUAUAUUUAAUUGGCAUUUUGGAGAGUGGAUUCAGCUAUUGCACAAUCCUCGUGCUGUGGACUGUUCUUGGUGUAAAGUGAAUGUUAGUGAUAUAGAGGUACGUUUACGGUUUCAUUGGAAGAGUCAACCUCUUUAAUCUCUUGAUGAUUGUUUACAUUCCUUUGUGUGAGACACAAACCUGUUUUUUUUUCUUUAGGCUUUUAACAGGCAUGGCAGGAAUAAAUUCCGAAAAGACACUAAAAACUUAAAAUUUAUUCCACAAAUGUUUAAAACUGUUCAUUCUAUCCUGACUCUGACACAAACCCGUGCAUCUUAUUGUCUGUUUAUUCGUAAACUCACCCAGGAAAGAUUAAAAUAAGAGUUUGUUGUUUGUCUAGAAGUAAGAUUGAAAAUAUUGCUGUUAUUUUUGGCAAGAAUAAAACAUUUUUGUACAGUUUAUUGCAAUUUAAAAUAAAAUGUGAAUUGCUUUUUACAUAGUAUUGAAUUUCUUAGUAAAGCUGUGCCUCUGAGAAUGUGUAUUCUUUUGUAAGGUACCUUUUAGUUUUGGCAAUUUUUUCUCCAUUAUUUUUGGAAUUCUAGUGAGUGGUAUUGUCUUAAGACACAGGAAACUUUGUGUAAUAGCGCUUCUGAUCUGUAUGUUCUGCUGAAGGUUUUUUGAAGUAUUUUAAGAUAGCACUAAAUACAGUGCUUUUAAUUGUGGAAGUUCUCUCUAACUGAAACAGGUGGAAAGCGAUUAAAUUUGAAAUGGUUCAAAAGUUAAGUUUUGCAGCUAUCCUGAUGCAUGCCAAUUUUAUAACUUAUUUACAGUGUUCCUUUUAUGUACUUUCCAGUUGCAGUGGGAAAGGCCCCCAGCAACAGAAAAUUGAAUGAUUGUAGAGACUGUGACAAAUACAGUUCUUAAUGUUUUAAUGCAGUCAACCAAUAAGAAUAAAUUUGAAAAAAAAAUCCACCUUUACUAAGUAAGCUUAGAUAUUAAAGUGGUGAUGUACAUCUUAAGAAACGCUUUCAGGAGCUUUUAUUUGCACUGG